AUGUUUCAUCGAACCCUUGCACGUGACACGGCACGUAUGCUCAGGCCAUUGACGCCUGCCCUUCGUGCCCAUGUCUCUCCAGCAUUCACCUCAUUCAGGCCUAUCUCGGUCUCCUCUCGGGUUCCUACCAGAACCACAGUGUCUUCGGUUUUGAAAAAUCAUAGAUUCUACAGUGUACUUUCGCAAUCGCCCGCUAAAGUGUAUAAAUACGAUGACAUGAAGAAACUCGUGGAGAAGCCUGACCCAUCAACGGUGAUUCUCGAUGUGAGAGAGCCCGUCGAGUUCCAGGAGGGCCACAUCCCUGGCGCUCACAAUGUUCCAUUCAAAUCCUCUCCUGGCGCUUUGGACUUGUCUGAAGAGGACUUUGAGGACGCUUUUGGCUUCAAGAAGCCUUCGAAAGACUCGGAGCUCGUGUUCUACUGCUUGGGUGGUGUUAGGUCGACUGCUGCAGAGGAAUUGGCCCAUUCCUUUGGUUACAACAAACGUGCCAAUUACAUUGGCUCUUGGGAAGACUGGGUGGCCCAUGAGAACCAAAGAAAGUAA